UACUUCAGCUCUUCACCACACUCCUUGCUGACAUUUCAACUGUGGUUGUCAACACCACGUAACCAGACCAAAAAGGAAAGAAAGAAAGAAAGAAAAACUGACUGUAGACUGUAGACAGAGAGAGAGAGACAGACAGACAGAGAGAGAGAGAGAGAGGGGGAAAAAACAUUGCACUCUGUAGUUAUUGUAUAAGAAACUGGCGUAGAGAGUACCAUGUGGGACUGUGUUGGCUUGGCUUCAUGUCAACAACUCUGAGGAGUUUCUCCUGAAGUUUGUCCUCUGACCCUCCUGGACUGGACUCUACCAAACGUGAGGCAGCUCUGGAAUGUGUCUGAAACUCUUCACUCCCUGGACAGCCUUCUGUGAAUAUCGAGAGACAAGAAAACAGGUUUGUUUCUAACAAGAAAAGUGAAAGGAACAAUGAAUGUCACAGUCUCACCGAUUACCACAACCACAAACUCAUCUCCAGAGUGUGUUAAAAUCGGGGACAUUGCCACCAGUGACUUCCUGAUGUCAGUUUACAUCUUGGCUUUUGUUUCUGGUCUGAUCUUCAAUGUGCUGACAGUAGGCCCCAUUUGGCACCAAAUGCAGCGGCAAAAUGUUCUGGGCAUCUUCCUGCUCAACCUGUCCAUCUCCGACGUGCUUUUCCUCUUCACUAUUCCCCUUUGGAUCAAUUAUUACCGGCACCAACACCAGUGGAUGCUGGGAGUCACCUCUUGCAGUGUAGCUGGCUUCUUCUACUACUCCAACAUGUACAUCAGCAUCUUCCUCCUCUGCUGUAUUUCUGUGGACCGCUGUCUCGUGGUCACCUACCCGCUCCGCUCCAAGACUCACCGUACAUCACGCUAUGCCUGGACACAGUGUGUCAUUGUUUAUAUUGCAGUGGUGGCACUGCACAUAUUGGUGUUGGUGUAUGACAACCUUAAAGAUGUUCAUGAUGACCUGCACCAAAAUGACCAUUGUUAUGAAACUUACCCCAUGACUAAGUCUGUGGCCAUAUUCAACCUUAUCAGAGUGGGCAUCGGCUUCCUGCUGCCACUGCUGGUGUUGGCAGUGAGCUACUGGAGGGUGCUGGCCACUGUGGGCCAGAGUCCCGGCCUGACUGCGCAGGUUAAAAGGAAGGUUCGCCUGCUGUCCUUUGGGGUGAUUGGGAUAUUCUCAGUUUGCUUUGCUCCGUAUCACAUCCUCCUGCUCACACGCUCGUUAGUCUUCUUCCACAGCGAUGAAGAAAAUUACUGCAAAAUUGAACAAGAGAUGCACUUUUUCUUCUCAUGUACGCUGGCAUUGUCCAGUCUGAACUGUGUGGUGGACCCUGUGCUGUAUGUGAUGGUCAGUAACGGAGUCCAGGAAGAGCUGAAACUGUGCUGGAGGAAGCACAGAAGAACACAGACAGACACAGACUGCGCUCUUACUGCAUACAGCAGAGGAAAGUCAAAUAUGAAUUUAAUAUGAAAAUGAAGCUGUAUGUGGGUGGACGCAUGCACCUGUGAAUUUAUAUGCAUGUGUGUGUGUGUGUGUAUGUGCAUGUGCAUGUGCAUAUAUAUUACACGAUUAUCCAUG